UAUGCUCAAAUAAUUAUUUAUUUUAUUGUUGACUUCAUUAUUCCUUACUGAAGCAGCUGAAAAUUAAUUGACUAUUGCUUUCGGAUCAUGCUUUAAAUUUUACAGAACUCAUGAUACAGAUGUUUUUUAAAGAAUUUAAUCUUUUAAUCCUAAAUAUUUUUUUUGGUUAGGAGAUGCUGCUUAUAUUGAUUACAUGCCUAUUCUUGGUAUUUGGAGAUCAGAACUUAAUGAAACUAGAGUUAAAGAAAAAUUUGAUAUCACUAAUGAUGAUAAAUAUUAUGUUCAAUUUAAAAAGAAUGUUAUUAUUAAAGGAGUUUAUGAUGAUCAUGAUAGCAAUAAAAAUGAUGGAGAUAAAUUCAAUCCAUUAAAAGAAAGUGCUAAACAAUUAUAUCUUGAUUUUAUUGGAGAACCCAAAGAUUCACCAUUAAGAAAAUAAGAUGGUAUUUAUUAAUCAUUUUAUAUUGAUCAACAUAACAAAAUCCUUGUUGUUAUGACUGAUACAAGAUAUAAUUCAGAUAAACUUACUGGGGAUUCCUUAGGAGAUAAUUAAUGGAAAUGGUUAGAAUAAUAAUUUUAGACUGAAAGUUAAUUGAUUAUUAUGACAUCUGGAGUUUAAGUUAUGCAUGAUGAUAGAAGUAUCCCUGAAACAUGGUUUGCAUGGUCUAAAUAAAAAUUAUAUGCUUUAAUCAAAAAAUACAAAAAACCUAUCAUUUUUUUAUCUGGAGAUGUUCAUUACUCUGAAAUCAUGAAACAUCCUUGUCCUCAUAGAAUAGGUUAAAAUCUCUAUGAAUUUACAUCAAGUGGAAUGACAUUUGCCAAUUAUGAUCAUAUACCUUUUGUUGACCUUGUUUUAUAAUUCUAAUUUCCAACCACUUUUAAUAACUAUUAAGAUCAUUAUUAUAAAUCUAAUUUUGGAAUCUUAAAAAUAAUUACUAAUGAUUAAAAUUCACCUGUAAGAAUAGAAUUUGAAACUCAUUCUAGUGAAGAUUCAAGUAUUGUUUUAUAAAAGACUGUCUAUAUUGAAGAACUACAAUCAUAAUAUUACGAUGAAUCUCAAUCUUGUAUAUUAGAUGUAUCUAUUAGGGAGAGAUAAUGGUAGAAUUAUUUAUUAAGAAUUAAUGAAAACAUUUUAAUUUUUACUAGCUCAAUAUUUGUUUCAUUGUUAUUCGUUAAAUUUUUAAUUUAUAAUUCUAAAUCAUAUAUUUCCAAAUUUUUAGAGUUGUAUAAAUAGAUAUAACAGAAUAAAUAAAAACUUAAAUUAGAGUGA